AUGGCCAGCCGUUUCGGUUACCCCUGGUCUGUCAUUGAUGAUGCAGUCUUCAUGAACACCCCAGAAGCUCCUGGGAAAUCCCUGGCGUCACUAAGGCAAUGGUACGCCAAGAUCCCUUCACACCUUCAAUGGGACUCGUCGCUCCAUCCUCAGCAUCGCCGGGCCGUGUCUCUGUUACACUUACGCUUCCUAGCAGCCAUAGUCUCUCUUACACGCCCGUUCCUCUUCUUUUCAUCGGCCAAGUCGACAAGUUCUACGACAUCGGCUAAGAGAACGCUACACGAGCAGAUGAGCAACACCUGCAUCAAGGCCACCGAGGGUGCCGUGAAUAUACUACGACGCAUGCGUGACGAUCAGACACUAUCUAGCCUGGUCCUUUUCGACUGCCAUUUCAUAGGGGAGGUCAUUGAUGUACUUAAAAUGGCGUUUCAGAAGCUAGGCAGUACGGAGCACCAGGUUAUGCUUCAGUUCUGUGUUGAUACUUUCAGCGCUAUGGAGAGGAUCGGCUGGUGCGAGAAAAUCUUUCCCGAGGUGGAGAUAUCCGUCCAGGAAAGUGGCGUCCUGCUCCCACGGACGAUGAACACCACGCGACCUCCUGAGCUAAAUCUGUGUACAGUGGGGCCUACUGAUCCAUUUACCAGCGGUAGCGAAAUGGCCCCUUUUUUGAAUCACCCUGAGCUGGGCUGUAAGGGCUCCCAGUUAGAUGUCUUUGAGACUUUAGAUCUUGAGGCCAUUACGGGACUAACAGGGGUGUUCGCUGAUACACCAUUGUCUGAGUCACAAUUCUUGUUUGAUGAUCCAGGUAGAAUACAGCAGGUGUGA